AUUAAAAUGGUCUUACACUCCAGAAAACACACUCCGGGCUAAAGGCGACACCGGCUGAGUUGUGCGCAGUGCCCGUAGCUGCGUUCACAAAUGGUCUAGCACGCAGUUGUCAUCAUACAGCGUGCGAGCGCGGCCAUGGAUGAGCGUGCCAACUCGACGGCAGCGAGCUCCCGGGCUACCAGUAGUGUAGCGCCCCUCCCAUAUCGAGUCAGCUCUUUCUUGAGAGCUCUGCAGCUACCAUCGCCAAAUGGGCACCACGCCGGCACGGCGCCAGGGGAUGUCAGCGCUGCAAAGGACUCGGACUCGGCGACGGUGCCAGCACGCGUAAGGGCUCAUGCGCUGCACGGCUCGGCGGGGUCCCUCACCGAGCGCAAGGGGCGCCGAGCGGCCGCGCUUGCGCUCGCCGCGGUGCCUGCGUCGCCCGCGGCCGUGGCAGCGGACUCGGAUGCCGACGGCGCCGCGCAGUCCACCGCCGAGCAUCUCAACCAGCUCCUGGCGCUGGGCCUCGGUGCGACGCCGACAAAGCCAGGGCAAGAGCUUGCGCAGCUGGCCUUCGGCGGAAGUCCGGAGCCCGGCCGUGCAGCGCGCGCCGACCUGCACGCGACCUUGCGCCUACACGACCCCCGGCCACCGCCUCACCAGCGGACCGUGUCGAACUUCCUGGACGGCGGCACCGGCGGCAGGAACAGCGCCAGCGGUGGCGGCACCAGCCGGCGGCGGCAGCGGCAAGACGGCCGUGCUUCGGCGCGGCCAGCACAGCGGCAGCGGCAGGUCAAGCGUUGCCUGCCGAGCCUGUUUAGCUGCUUCAGGCCCAGUGGCUCAGCGAUGCGCGAUGACCCGGAGGCGGCGGCGGGCUCUUCUCACCACUCAUCGAGGAACCACCGCCGGCGGAAGCACAGAGACGACAGCAGCAGCGGCAGCGGCAGCCGCGGCAUUGGACGUGCCGCAGCCCGCGGCGGUGACAGCAGCAGUAGCAGCAGUGACAGUGACGGUGACGACUGGCUUGCAGCCCCACACGAAAGUGAGGGAUUGUAUGGCGCAGCGGUCGGCGAUGGUGCUACUGGUGCUGAUGCUGCCGGAGCGCCGGGGUGUGGGGGCAACGGCGGCGGCGGCGGCUCGGCGGCGCCGUGGCGUGUGGACUCGCUGUCUGACGAGCUACUGCUGUCGGCGGGCGGGCUAUACGAAUACGGCGAGAUGCUACGUGCCGUACUGACGGUUGAGCGGCCGCUACGGCGGGCGCUGCGGCGGGCGGCCAGGGCUGCCCGGUGCGGGCGGCUUUACGACGCCACAGUAUGUCUGGGCGCUGAGGCGGCGGCCAUGGGCCCGUGGGAGGGGUUGGCGUGUGUGCAGGUCUCGACGUGCCUCCUGCCGCCUCUGUCGCCAGCCGACACGGAAGCGACGGGCACCGCCGGCGGCGAGCCGGGGCAUCAGCACAGCCGCAGCCGCGACCACACCAGCAACACCACCAACCACAACACCACCGCCCAGGACGCCAGUAGGCGGCGCAAGCCGCUGCCGCAGCAGCCGGGGCUGCGGCUGCGGCACUGCGCAGUGGCGCCUGCGGCGGCCGCCGCAGCGGUGGCGGCGCAGCCGCCCGCCGCCGUGGCAGCUGCGGCUGCGGAGCGGUUGGGCGCUGCGGGCCUGAAGGCGCUUGCAGCUGACGUGGCCCAGGGCUUGCUGAUGGUGGUGGACUAUGAGAGCGGAGCCAUCAUGUACCUCAACCACAGCGCGGAGGCAUACAUGGGGGAACCGCCGCCGCCGGCAGUGAUGGCCGCAGCCGACGCGAAGGCGGCCGCGGCUGCGGCUGCCGCUGAUGCAGCUACUGGCGCAGACGGCGGCGAGGAGGGUGCGGACGCGCGGUCGGCGGUGCGUGUGCCGCUGGUUCUGCGGGAGCUGCUGCAGCACGAGCCGGGGGCGCUGGAGCGACUGCAGGCUUGCCUGCAGGCGGGAGAGGAGUUCGAGGAGACGGUGCAGGUGCCGCCCACCCUGGCGCCCUUCCUCGCCUCACUCAAGGCGCAGGAGUACAGCGGCGCCGUGCCCACAGCCGGCGGCGCCGGCCGCGCCGUGGAACUGGAUGCAACUGCGACGGUGUUGACGGCGGCUACAGACGGCGGCGGUGCUGCACAGGCUGGCGGCGCCGAGCCCGGCGCCGCCACAGGCACCCCAGGCACCGCAGCGGCUAGCGCGGCUGCCGCGGGUGCCUUCUCCCACGUCGUCAGCCUGUCACAGCUGGUGGUGCUGGGGGGCCCGGCAGCGGCCGCGCAGCCACAGCCACCGCAGCUGCCUUCGCCGGGCAUGACUGCGACGCCGCGCAGCCCUGGUGGUAGUGGCGGCGGCGGCGGAGCCGCCUCCCCCUCCGCCGCGCUUCCUCUGCCGGCUGCCGCGCUCAUGUCGCGCAACUCCUCAUUCUCCAACCAGGGGAUAGUGGGUCGCAUGGGCUCGGGCACCUCCCGCCUGGGCCGAAUGCACCGCCCGGACGACGCGUCGGGACCGGCGGCUGCGCCGUCGCCGCUGAUGGCCACGCACUCGGGCCUGCCGUCGGGCGCCGCGGCGGCGGCGCUGCUGUCGGCGGCGGGGCCGCCGUCGGCUCCGCCGGCACAGCCAACGCUGCAGCUGCCGCAGUCGCUGUGCCUACACACGCCCGCCGGCGGCGAAGCCGCUGCAGGCUCGUGUGGCACGCCCGCUCCGCCCGCUGCGGCACCGCCGGUGGCCCUCAGUGCCGGCGCCGCAGGCGCUGCCGGAGGAGGCGGCGGCGGCACCGCCGCUGUGUUGGUGACCGCCGGCGCCACGCCGGCCGGCAGCGGCCGCACCUCGCUCGCCUUCGACGGCCCGCCGCGCCGUGUGUCCUGGGAGCUCUUCCGGCGCAUGAGCGGCGCCACCUCGCCCGUCAAGCGCAAGUCUGGUACCGGAGGCGGCGCCUGGGUCAGCCCCAUCACCGGCACAAGCGGGCCGUCAGCGGUGGCGACACCGAGCACCGUGGCCGGCGGCAGCGGGCACCCCGCCGUUGGCACGCCAUGUGCCGGCGCCGACGGUGCCGGCUCAUCGCCCUCGGCGUCCCUCGCUGCUAGCUUGAAGCAGCGCAUGAGCCGCCUGCUCACCCGCGCACACACCUUUGCCGUUGGCGCGGGCGGCAGCGGCUCUCCUACCGCCGUCGCCGCUGCCGCCAACGCUGUGGCCGCGGCGGCGGCCUUCACGACGGCGUCGGGUGCGGCAGGUGCAGCGCAGCCGCCGGCACCAUUGCGCGGCGGCGCCUCCGCCCGCGGGCGCCGCAGUACCGGUGGCGGCACCGUCGUCUCGCUGUCCGUGUAUGCUGGGAGUGCUGGCGGCGGCGGCGCUGCCGCUCUGCACCCGCACGGCGGCGUCGGCGUCGGCGGCGCCAGCAUCGCCGCCGGCACGUCGCGCCGCAGCAGCGCAAUGGGCAUCCUGCUGACGUCGCCGCACGAGCUGGAUGAAGACGCCCACUUUGAGCAGGAGGAGCAGGACGCCUUCGGCCACCCCAUCAUGGACCAUAACGAGAGCGGCGGCGGCUUUGUUGUUGAUGACUUCGCCACGUCGCCGCGGCCGCACCAGCGGCACAGCUACGGCGCUGUGUCGCCGGGGCCUGGCGGCGGCGCGCCCAGCUCGGCCACCUCCGCUGCUGCUGCUGCUGCGGCGGCGGCGGGCAGCGGCAGCCCUUGGACGUCGACGGCGGCAGAUGCGGCGGAGGCGGCCGCGACUAGGGGCAGCCUGGGACCGGCCCCGCACCCUGACAUGUUGGUGACCGCCUCCGCCGACGGCCUGCUGGCCAAUGCGGCGGCGGCGACGCCGCCGCCGCCAUCGCGGGGCCAGAGCCUGCCACUGUGGAAGAUCAUCACAGGCAGCAGCGGCGCGCAGCAACAGCAGCAACCUCAGCAGCCGCCUCAGCAGCAGCAGCAGCAGCAGCAGCAGCAGCAGCAGCAGCAGCAGCAGCAGCAGCAGCAGCAGCAGCAGCAGCAGCAGCAGCAGCAGCAGCAGCAGCAGCAGCAGCAGCAGCAGCAGCAGCAGCUGGGCCAUCUGGCGCACAGCACCCGCCCGCUGCCGCACAUCCAGCCGCACCACCCGCACCCGCACCACCACCACCACCUCCACCACCACCAGCCCACCUCGCUUGCGGCACGCAUGGCUCAGAUCCGCCAGGUCACCGGCCGCGCCUCCAUCAGCACAUGGGGCAUCGCACAACAGGCCUACGGCGCCGGCGCCGCCGCGGCCGCCGCCGCCGCCGCCGCCGCCGCCGCCGCCGCCGCCGCCGCCGCCGGAGGCAGCGGCUUCGCCUCCGGCCUCCUGGGCGCGGGCGGAGCCGCCGCCGCCGCUGGCGGCGGUGGCAUGUCGUCGUAUCCCGCCGGCGGCGGCGGCGUCGCUGCGGGCGUUUCCAUGAGUCCUUACGGCACGCCGACGCGCCGCUGCAGCAUUGGCACCCUGUCGCCGUACGAAUCCGCGCCGGCGGGCUCGUACGGCGCCGCCACCGCCUUCUACCUGCGCACCGCCGGCGGCGCAGCCUACGCCGCCGCCAGCGGCGGCGGCGCGGCGGCGCCCAUGCCGAUCUACGCGAGCGCAGGCACGCCGUCCAGCCGCAUGCUGGGCCGCAGCAGCUCGGGCCUGCCGCUGCCGUCGCCCUCGCAGCGGCGCUACGGCGUCAGCAGCCCGCGCACGCCACAGAGCAUCUUGGUGCCGCCACGCAAGCCCGCGCCCGCGGCGUCGCCGUCGACGGUCGCCCUGCUGGCGCCGCCGCCGCCGUCGGGCUCCUCCGCUGGGCCACCCAGCCCGCUGCCGUCGUCGUUCCCGGGCAGCGUGUUUGCCAGUGCCAAUGCCGGCCCCAACUCCGGCAUGUCAGUGGGCAGCUACGGCGCCUUCUCCAGCGGCAACGUAGCUGGCGGCACCGGCGCCGGCGGUACUGGCACCGGCGGCGUCACCUCGCCGCACACGCCCAUCGGCGCCCGCACUAGUGGCACGGGAUUCAGCCACCACGCCAGCCCCGGCGGCGGCGCGGCGGAUGGGCAGACUGUUGCGCUUCUUGGCACUGCGGCGUCUGCGUCAGCGACGGAGGCGGCGGCAGCCGCGCUGGGCCGCGGGACCGGCUCGCCGACAACCAAGGCGACAAAUGGCAAGGCGGCAGGCGGCGGCGGCGGCAGCACGACGGAUGUGGCGGCGCGCUCUCACUCGUUUAUCAAGGCGCUCAUGUCACUCCCCGAGCGAAGCCACAUCUUCACCAGGGCCCUGGGCGGCGACCGGCGCCGCAAGGCCGCAGCCGCAGCCGCUGCAGCCCACCAUGCCAGCGCCGCCGCCACACCGCGCGCCCACGACAGCGCCCUCGACCUCCGCGCCGCCUCCGCCAUCACUGGCGGUGCCGGCAGCAGUGCCAAGCCGCCCGCCGCCGCCCUCGCCGGCGGCAGCCUCGUGCUAGGCCGCGGUGGCGUCGCCGCCGCCCUGGCGGCGCUGGCCUCCUCCAUUGCCGGCAGCAGCGGCCAGCAGCGUACGUCGGCCGGCGCCGUCAGCGCCAUGUUUUCCGACCUGCGCACCUCCGCCGGCACCGCCACCACCGACCAGGCCGGCGACGGCGCCAGCGACGAAGAUGGCGGCGGCGGCGGCCUCGGCGGCCACAGCGGGCGCCUGACCGGCGUCAGUGGUGGCAGCAACGUGGUCGGCGGCGGCGGCGGCGGGCGCACCUCCGCCAACACGGGCAGCGCCUGGCUGACGGGCGAGCUGUCGGAACUCGAGGCGUCGCCGUUCGCGCUGCGCAUCGACUCGGUGUCGGCGCUCAAGCGCGUGAACCGCACCUCCCGCCGCCACCCGCCGCGCCGCGCCAACUCCCAGACCAGCCUCAUGUCCGCCGCAAGCGGUCCCGCCGCCGCCAUCCAAGCGCUGCUGGCAGACGAGCGGUCCUCCGCCGGCUCUGCCAACGGCGGUGGCGGCGGCAGCGUUGGCGGCGGUGGUGCAGGCAGCGUCGGCGGCGGCGGACAUCACGUCGGCAGGUGCACGGGGUCGCAUCGCUCCACGACGGACGGCAUUGUCGCAUCGUCGCCCAACGCCGGCGCGUCGGCGGCGGCGCUUCUUGGCGCCCGCGUCAGCACCGGUUCGGUGGGAUCGCCGGCGGCGGGCGCCGGCGCUGCCGGCGCGCCGCGCCGCGGCAGCGGUGGCGGCCUGCGACCGAGCCGCCUCAGCGCCGGCGGCGUGCACAGCACCAUCCUCGGCGGCGGCGUGACGUCGGCCUCCGCCGGCGCCGUCGGGCUCCCGAGCAUCGCUGACGGCGGAGACGGCGCCAUCGAGGCAGCCAUUGCCGCCGCCAACGUGGCGCCAUCGGAGUCAACGGCAGAGGUGCCAGCUCUGCCGGAUGCGGGCGACGAGGAUGCGGACGAUGCUGGCGCUGUUGCCGGCCCUGCGGACUGUGUGCCGGAAAGCAACGGCCGUGAGACUGAGCCGACAACCGCCGCCGCCGCCGCAAGCACCGCCGCUGCGGUGAAGGAAGCCGCGGAUGGCGCCGCCGCCGUGCGCGAGACCACCGCCGAACUGAUGUCAAGUGACACGCCCAUGGCUCCCACCAGCGGCUUUGAGAGCGCGCCCAUAGCUUGCGCGCUGCCGCGCCCCGGCACCACCACCAUCGACCCUGCGGCUCCCCCCAAGGGUGCAGCUGCCCGUGCCUCCAUCUCUGCACAGUGCCUAUCAACGGGAGCAACAGGAGGUUCACGAGGAACAGCUGGAACCGGGGUUACAGGAGAGCCCGGCGCCGCGGCCACAGCGGCCGCGGCAGCUGCGGCGGCCGCGGCCACGGCAUCCCUAGGAAGCCGUGCGUCAGACGCCCAGGAAGCCGCUAGCCCCUUCACAGCCUCCAGCGUGCCCGCCGCGCCCUCGCCCUCGGACCCCGCGGCCGCCACCGGUGCUGAUGCCCGUCAAUUCCACCACUUUGUACCUGCAACCUCCUCCUCAUCCAGCAUGCCCACCACGGCCUUCAGCCUGGUGCCUGCCUCGGCCUCGGCGGCGGCCCUGGCGCCGCCCAGCCUGGCGAGCUUUGCUGUGCCUGGACAGCAGGUACGGGCGCGGGCGAGCAGCAGCGCUGGCAACGGCGGCGCCGGCGGCGGCGAGGAUGAGGAACGCAUCCACGCCAGCGGCUCUAUCGGCGAGGUGUCGGUGCACAGCCUGUUGCUGGGGUUCCAGGCGCUGAGGGACGACGUCAGCGCACACGCCGCCACGCUGAACCGCAGCGGCGCCUUCGCCAGCAGCGGCACCGGCACCGGCGACCUCGUGCCGGCGGCGGGGGCGGCGCUCGCGUCGCCGGGCUCCGCUAUGGGGUCGUCUGUGACGGCGGCGCCCGUGUUCAGUACCGGCAGCAGCCCGCGCCUUAUGGGCGUCGCUGGCGGCGGCUGCGUCGCUGGCGGCGGCGGCGGCGGCGGCGGCCUGGCAGGCCGGCUGGCGUCGCUGCAUGCACUCGUCGCCGCCGGCCGCGCAACGGCGGCACUGCCCGCCGACAUCGCCGCCGCCACUGGUGUCGCUGCUGCCAGCGACGCCGGCGGCAGCGUAGGCAGCUUUGGCGCCGUCAGUGCCGUCGGCUCCCACCCUUCUCGCGGCUUCGCCCGCACCUCCACCUCGCUGCUGCCGGCGGGGCUGCUGGGGCUGCACCUGCGAUACAGCAGCAUGGGCGGCAACGCUGGUGCUGGCGGCGGCGGUGCGGCGGCGGCGGCGGCGGCAACAACGAUACCGCUGACGGUGGCGGCUGGCGGCGAGGCGCGCUCUGACAGCAUGCAGUCGCGCUUCCACAGCAGCGCCGGCGCGUUUGGAGGCCUUGGCACUAUGAGCUCUGCAGGCCGCGUGGCGGCCACUGCCGCUGCCAACAUGCCGCUCCACAGCAGCACAGGUUUCAACUGUAUGGCUGGCGGCGGCGAGGCCGGUGCCGGGCUCGGGGGGGCUCGCGCCACCGCCGGCUCUGCAGAGGGCGCUGCCGCCGCAGUUGCUCCUGUCGCGGCCGGCAGCAGCCGCCGCGCCGCCAGCAGCACUGCCAUGAGCUACGUCUUCCCCGGCAGUAGCCUGCUGGCGCCCGCGACGCUCCGCCGGCCGCUCGCGGCGGCCACAGCAGCCGGGGCCACCGACGGUGCUGCCGCCGCCUCUUUCACUGGGACCAGCAGCGCCAUGGUGCCGCCGCCGCCACCUCCUGGCCCCGUAGGAGGACAGACAGCCGGGCCUGCAACCGGCGCCGGACCCACGGACGCACCUCCAUCACCAGCACGGACGGAUGGCACUAAUGGCGCGAGCGUUGCCGCCGGCUUGCCGCGCGCAACGCCGUUGCCGUCAACGGGUGACGCUGACGUGUACUUGACUGGGGCGGAUGCACCCGGCGCGCCGGGCCCCGCCGCAGUCGGGUCGGUUCCCAUGCCCCCAACACCUGACGCCCCGGCUUUGGAAGCGCCCGCUCCAGCGUCCACUGAGGCCCGCGGCCCCGCCGCCGAUGCCGCCUUGUCACGGGCCACGCAUGUCGUGGUGGUGAAGGCGCGGGAGGUGGCCGCCAGGCAGGAGGGGGGCGCCAGGCACACGGUGUCACGCGGCAGCGAUCUCUCGCAACGCGCGGCAGCCUCCAGUGUGUGGCGCGCCGCCAGCAGCGCUGGAUGCAGCAGCGGUGAGGUCGCUGGCAGCGUCGUCAGCAGGUCGAACACGCCGCCGCCGGUCCCGCCGCCGGUGCCGCCGGCAGCUCUGGCGCUCGUCGCCCCACCUGAGGCGGACAUGACCGUAGCAGCCGGCGAGUCGGCGGCAGCAGACGACGGCGGCGGCGAGCCCAACGCUGCAAAGGCCGCUCAGCGCGCUGCGAGUGCGUUCUCGGCUUCUGGCGGUUUUGUCUCCGGCAGCCACGGCGGCGCUGGCGGCGCUGCCUGCGCCGCCGCAGCCUUGACAGACGGGCUCCCCUCCGGCGGCCGACCCGUCGGGCAGCACCCACGGCCUGCGGCGGCAGCCAUGCAGCCGGACUUGCAUGCCCGGCUGAAACGUGACGAGGCCGCAAGCACGAGGCCCUCGGCCGAUGAGUCACCCACCACCGGCACCGCCCGCGGCAUGACCUCUGGCCGCUCCUCCGACGCCUCCGCCUCCUCCUGGUGGAACAGACAGCUGCAGCAGGCGGCACUGCACCACGCGGCGCCGCCGCCGCCGCCCCCGCCGCCGCCGCCCCCACCGCAGCACGGCGCGCAGCACGCGCUGCAGCCGCAGCACUCUGCGUACUUGCAGCCGAGCGCGGCGCAGCACAACGCCAGCCUGCCGCUGAAAAAGCAGAUGUCGCAGCCGGUGGCGGCGGCACACUCGCACCAGCUACCGUCGCUACCCAGCCAGCGCCGGCAGCCACUCGUGCGCCAGUCCACACACGACCGCAUCGAGCAGCUGCUGCACGCGGCGCGAAACACCGGCAGCACUGUGGCGGAUGAGGGUGCGCUACUGGCCGCUGGUGGCGGUGGUGGCGGAGGCGCAGGCGGCGCGGGCGGCGCUGGUGUGGGCACCGGUGGCACAGAGGGCGGCGCGGCAGGCGGCGGCGCGGGGGAGGGUGCUGGCGGAGCGGUGGUGGGCCCGGUGUGGCACAGCGUGCACGUGUGUGUGUGCGAGCACCCCUACACGCGCGCGCCCGUGCUGGUGGUCACUCAGCACGACGUCACUCGCCAGAUGGAUGCGCGCACACAGCUGACGAUGCUGCUGGAGCGAGAGCAAAAGAUCCUGGAGUCAAUCUUCCCGAGGCACGUGAUCGAGUACCUGACUCUCCAACAGCCAGCAGAGCAGUCCACACGCGGUGGUCGCCGCGGCGGCGGCGCCGCGGCUGGCGGUGGCGCAGGGCUGCUGGCGCUGCAGCGCAGCUCCGCCGCGCAGCUGGCGUCUGUGGCGACGGCGCACCCCAACGUCACUAUCAUGUUUGCAGACAUCGUGGGCUUCACCAACAUGUGCAAACAAGUGUCGCCGCUGGAGGUCAUGACGUUCCUGAACCAGCUCUACAGCCGCUUUGACGCUCUGCUGGACAUCUACAAGGUGUACAAGGUGGAAACCAUCGGCGACUGCUUCAUGGUGGCUGGCGGGCUGGUGGCUCAGGAUGAGGACGGCUGGCGCACCACCAUCACACACGACCGCCUGCACGCCGUGCGUGUGCUGGCCUUUGCCAAGGCCAUGCUGCGGGAGGCGCGCAAGGUGAACCUGCCCACUGGCGGCCCCGUGAUGAUGCGUGUGGGCAUGCACAGCGGCCCCGUCAUGAGCGGAGUGGUGGGAUCCAGGAUGCCGCGCUUCUGCCUCUUCGGCGACACCGUCAACACCGCCUCCCGCAUGGAGAGCACUUCGCAGCCGGGCCGCAUCCACGUCAGCGGCGACACACAGGCGCUGCUGCCCAGUGAGCGGUGGGAUGCCACCGGCGGCGUGCAGGUCAAGGGCAAAGGCUGCAUGCCGACGUACCUGUGGGCGAACGACGCAUCGGAGGAGAAAGGCGAGCAGCUGCAGCGCGUGCUCGGUAUUUACCUUUGACACGCAGUAAGAAUCAAUUAUGGGUUUGUAGCCACGGGUCAAAAUUUUGCAAGCGCUUACGUUAUUAUGCGGACCGGUGGUCGGUGUGUGAAGGCGGACGGGUGGAAGAUGCGGUGGCAGGAUGGAUGCCAGAGACGCGAAAUACUGUUGUGCCGCGGCGAACCUCAUGUCCGGUACAAGUGCUGUACCCCAUGUUGUAGCAGUGCCAAGCCCCGGGGCAGGAUAGUCAGUACUGCGGCAGGAGGCACGUACCUGGGGUCUCCGUUCUAGCCGUUGACCCGUUCUGUACACGUUUAGGUGAUGGGCGGGCGGUAUGUACUUAUGAGGCAACAUGCGCGUGCGCUGAAGAUGACUGCCCUUUGCAAUGUCUGGUGGGAGCAUUUGGGGCCGCAAGCGCGUUUUGGAUGAUAUAAUAGGAAUGUGAUCUCAACCAACGGUUGUCAUGAUUUUGGCGAGGAUUCAGGGCGGUGGUGAUCUUAUCAAUGAGGGUGCAAUUGAGGAUUAAAAUUGGCUCUGGCGGCUGAAUGGCUGGCCUGCAAGGUAUGACAGGGGUUGUGUGGGUGUGAGGGGCAUUAUUGAUCGCGUGAUGGACUUGAGACAAUGUCCUCACACACGAAACAAAGUGGCGCGCGCGCUUUUGUUCGGGCAGGCGCAUGACACUGGGUGCCAUUGAUAGGCGUUGCAGGGUGUGGAGGCAGCGGGUUAUGGGUGGGAGCAAGCACGACAGGGUCCGUAGCAAUUUUGCGGGGAGUAGCUACGUUGUCUGCAAGUUCCACAACAACUGAGGUUGGGAAUGGGGUCGAGCGCUUUUGAGCAUGCUUGCACGCGCCGGCAUGCGGGGUACCGGAGAACGGUAGCGUACUAGCUGUUUAGCACCGACAGGAGACUGUUCCAUAGGUGAAUCUGACAGCUGAAGCGGCGGCAUACCGGCACUGGGUCUCAUGGGAGUGCACUGAGUGGGGCUUCGGCAUGGCGAGCUGAACUGCGUGGAUGCGGUAAUCGGUGUGUAUGGGUGCGCGCUCAUACAGCGCCCUCCACGCUCAUACCAAGAGGGAGCACAAUUGAUGGUUGGGCGCGCUUGCAUGUACGUGUGUGGGGCUGCGAGGUUGCAAAGCAGCAGCGCGUUUGCGUACGCAUACCUGGUUGUGUGCGGCUGGGUUGAGACGUGUUGAGCUCGCGUUUGGUUGUGUGCACAUGGUUUAGAGCUUGCGGUACAAGUACAAACCCUACGGCUGUGCACUGUGCCUAGAGCUGAGAGGAUACUGUAGGGGUGGUUUGGGGCGGCGCACCCUGUGAACCUGUCGAAGUGGGUGGGCGGGGACGGCAAGGCGCGCGGAGUGGUGGGUGAAGCGUGCGCGUGCCACCGUGCGCGGCGUCCAGGGCCCGCGUGUUGGAGUCUGCCGCGUGGUACUGCAACCACGGUGUGUAGACGCAGGGCAAGGGCUGUAAGGUUCGGACGAGAGCGGUAAAGGAGGCACUGUAGACGGAGUGCGCACUGGCAAAUGGGUGUCCCUGUGCGCGCAACCCUUGGCAGCAGCUCUGCGGCUGGACACACAGAUUGCUUGCAUAGCAGAGGCAAGUGGGCGUGUGUUGCACCGAGCUAAGCAGAGAACUCA